UGCAACAAGUUUUGCUAAAGAAUGUUCUUCCACAAAUGGUACUAGCGAUAAUUUUGGAUUGUGUUUAGAAUAUUUUAACGAUUCUGUCUAUAUGCUAAACUAAAUUAUUUACCCUUUUUGUAAUUAUACAUAAUGUUGUUAUUGAUAUUGUGUAUUGGACUUGGAUAUGGAUCAUUUAUACCCGAAAACCCGGAUACGGAGGUUGAGAUGCCACUUAUCAGUAACGACGAUGUUCCACUGGUUGCAAAGUUUGAUACAAAAAAUCUGAAUAAGGCAAUAAAGACAUACAUUUAUAAAACAAUGGAAAAGACUGUUAUGGAAAAAAUUUCCGAAUUGAAAUUGGAUAUACUGUCUAAAAUUAAAACAGAAAAUUAUCCUAGAGAUUGUGAAGAUGUCAGGGAGUCAAAAAGUGGUAUAUACAAAAUAUAUCCAUCAGAUAUCCGUGGAUUUGAAACAUACUGUGACAUGACGACCGCAGGCGGGGGUUGGUUGAUUUUCCAGAAAAGGCAGGAUAGAAGUGUCGACUUCUUCAGAAACUGGACAGAUUACAAAAACGGGUUUGGUGACUUGACAGGGGAAUUCUGGUUAGGUAAUUCAAGAAUCCAUGAAAUGACCACAAAAGAUGAAUAUGAACUGUACAUACUAAUGGAGGAUUUUGCAGGAGAAACGAGAUAUGCGAGAUACAAGACGUUUUAUGUAGGAGACGUACAGUCUAAAUUCACUUUGAACAUCGGAAAUUACAGCGGAAACGCAGGAAAUUCUUUAGGGACGGCCCAGCACAACCGUCAGCCAUUUUCAACGUUAGAUAGAGAUAGUUCGGCCAAUUGUGCAAAGACUCAUUUUGGUGGAUGGUGGUAUAAGAACUGUCAUCACUCCAAUCUGAAUGGACUGUAUCUAAAUGGUUCUCACAAGUCAUAUGCAGAUGGUAUCGAGUGGUACCACUGGAAGGGUUACAACUAUUCCCUCAAGAAGACACAAAUGAUGAUUCGUCGUCGCCGUUAACAUUAUAGUAUAUGUAAGAACUGACGACACUGAUUUCCAUUAGAUGUAGAAACAAAUACUGCCUUUUGUGACUAGGGGUAUAUAACAAGAGGAAGAUCUCGUUAACACUUAUGCCAAUCGUAUUUGCAAUAAAAUUUUGUAUUUCUAGACUUCGAAUUUACUGUGCAUUAUGAAUUUGGAGACAAUCUUAAAAAAUCUUUUAAUUUAGCCAAAGUGAU